AUUUUUCCAAAUCUUUUCUUCACUUCUUCAAAUUCAUCAAAAACCCAUAUCACCAAAAUGAUGCAAAUCCCUUCAUACGGCGUCGUAGAGCCUUUUCCGGUUAACAAUUCCGGCGAAUUUCCGGUAUUUUGCCGGAGCACUAGCUUCAACAGCCUCAUACCAUGUUUAACGGAAACCUGGGGUGACUUACCGUUAAAGGUUGAUGAUUCAGAAGAUAUGGUUAUUUACGGUAUAUUACGUGACGCCGUUAGUGCUGGAUGGACGCCGUUUAAUUUAUCUAGUAAAGAAGUUAUAAAAGUUGAGUCAGCUGAAUUAGAAACGGAGCCGGCUAGUUUAACAAUUCUCCCUGUGGCUCCGGCUAAGUUGGAAGAAUCGGCUUCGGAGUCGGCUUCAACAUCCGUCGGCGCGGCUCCGAAGGAGAAACAGUCAAAACACUACAGGGGUGUGAGACAAAGACCGUGGGGGAAGUUCGCGGCUGAGAUAAGGGACCCGGCUAAGAGUGGCGCGAGGGUGUGGCUUGGGACGUAUGAAACGGCUGUGGAGGCUGCAACGGCUUAUGAUAUAGCCGCUUACAGGAUGCGUGGUUCGAAGGCUUUGUUGAACUUUCCACAUAGGAUUGGAUUGAAUGAGCCGGAGCCGGUUAGAGUUACGUCUAAAAGAAGGUCGCCUGAGCCGUCGACUUCGGCUUCGUCGGCUUCUGUAAGUGGCUCUCCUAAAAGGAGGAAGCAAGUGGAGCCGGAAGUGCAAAGCCGAUCAUCAAAUGUGGCUGAAGCCGUUACUAGUUAAGAAAUUUGAGCCGACCCGAUUUGUUGAUAGAGUUUGUUAAUGAUACCGGAUGGGGCCCAUGGGUAUCGUAGAAAAUAGAACCGAGAAGGACCCGGAGAGUAUUAGAUUUGGAUUGAAUGAAGUACCGAGUAUGCCCUGCACCCAAGUAAGGGUGAUGUAAAUGGAAUGAGGUCAUAACGGGAAUUUGGUCCUUUUAAUGGUUAUAUUUUAAGUAUAGUGUGUGACCUUUGGGUGGUUGAAGAGUUUUAAAUUCUUGUUUAAUUUUAUAUUUGUUUAAUUUUAUAUUCGUUAUUGUAGAGACUAA